AUGUCGGAACCGAAGAGCCAUCGAGUCGAGUAUCCCUUGUCACCGACAGAUGACCACCUGGCGGGUGUCGUUGCCGCCAUUGUUGAAGACGCUGGCACCAUCGCUGCUGCUGUUCCGCCGACGACAGCGACCAGAAGAAGCCGCCGUCCUUCUCCUCCUCUUCUAUUCGUUAACCACCACGGAAGCCCUCUAGACGCCGCCGCCAUCCGAUUAACUGCCGCCCAACGAUGUCGAGGACGGCCGGAGAAACCCCCUUUGUGA